AUGAAGAAGAUAUUCUGUGUGAUCUCUGCGUUCCUCCUCUGCGUGUGGUGUGCCGGCGGGGUUGCGGCGGUAGGUGAGGAGAGGCGUGUAGUGGUGCCGGAUGUAGGUGGCUACGCGGUAGAGGCUACAGCGCAAGCAGCACAAUUGCCAGCUGCUGUUCCUUGUGCCACUGGCACUCCUUCAUCUGAUGGAACGUGCAAGGAUGAGAGGGCAAGCGAUGGAAAUGUGGACACUGGAGAGUGUAAUGAACAGUCUACGUCUGAAAUAUGCAAAGUACCAAAGCCUCUUAAGGAUUGCAGUAAAGAAGUGCCUCCGAAUUGCGAAAUGUCCGUGGGUGCUGCCCUGAUUAAGCCUUGCGAAGGUGAAAAGAAGGAUAACUGCAAGGGUCAGGAGGAGGUGGUGCCCGACGGUACGGGUGGUCCAAGAGUUGGUGCCGGGGAUGACUCUGAGCGUACCGGUGGCGACAAUUCUCGUUGCAAGAAAGGUCAACCUAACACAGAUGAGUCGUGUAAGUCCUUGGGUACUAAAUCUCUUACCGAAGAGAAUUUGGAGCACGGCACAUCAGCUGAACGAACUGGUCUAAGUCCAGCUGCACCCCUACUUUCAAACGUGACCGAAAGAGAUAGGAGUGAGGGCGGCGGCGGCGGCGAUGGGUCCUGUGUUCCCACUAAGGGCACGCCGUGUACGACGCCGCCACUUAAGCCCACGCCUGACGGUCCUGCGCCCCACUCUUUAUCCCUUCCGCAGCAGAAGCUCGGUCAAGUGGAGACGGUUAAAGGAAGUAUGAAGAGUGAUGGAAACCCAGAUGGGCACAAGACUGAACAAGCUGAGCGGCAGGUUACUGCUGAUGCUACUAGUGAUGGUGUGGCCGACUUGAAUGACAAAUUGCAGGAUAAAAAGAAAAACGAUAACAAAGCUAAGGUGGGCACCAACAGUGACAGAGAAACUUCUGGGAGAGAAAUCACUGGUUGCCCCACAGAUACCAACAGGAGUGAACUGAACUCUGAUGCUCCAUCAUCCGAAGAGCAUAAUCCCGAAGCUAUCAGUUCUGCAGAGGAUAUUUCCAGCGGCGGGUCUUUUAAACGUCCUUCCCAAGAUGCCGGUGAGCAAGAUCACUCCAAACAAUCGCGGACGCCUUCCCCCACUGCCUCAUCAAGUACACCAGAGGCCACAAACGACAAAACAAGCAGCAACCCUGUGGCUGAAAAUAUAAAAACUACAAAUAAUGCGGACAGCAGCGUCAGUCCUGUGUGGGUGCAUGCACCGCUGCUUCUGCUGGCGUUGUUUGCAGUAACGGCUGUGUGA